GCCGAUCCAUGAAAAUGCUUUGGAAACUGACGGAUAAUAUCAAGUACGAGGACUGCGAGGACCGUCACGACGGCACCAGCAACGGGACGGCACGGUUGCCCCAGCUGGGCACUGUAGGUCAAUCUCCCUACACGAGCGCCCCGCCGCUGUCCCACACCCCCAAUGCCGACUUCCAGCCCCCCUACUUCCCCCCGCCCUACCAGCCUAUCUACCCCCAGUCGCAAGAUCCUUACUCCCACGUCAACGACCCCUACAGCCUGAACCCCCUGCACGCCCAGCCGCAGCCGCAGCACCCGGGCUGGCCCGGCCAGAGGCAGAGCCAGGAGUCUGGGCUCCUGCACACGCACCGGGGGCUGCCCCACCAGCUGUCGGGCCUGGAUCCUCGCAGGGACUACCGGCGGCACGAGGACCUCCUGCACGGUCCCCACGGGCUUGGCUCAGGACUCGGAGACCUCCCGAUCCACUCCUUACCUCACGCCAUCGAGGACGUCCCGCACGUAGAAGACCCGGGUAUUAACAUCCCAGAUCAAACUGUAAUUAAGAAAGGCCCCGUGUCCCUGUCCAAGUCCAACAGCAACGCCGUCUCCGCCAUCCCCAUUAACAAGGACAACCUCUUCGGCGGCGUCGUGAACCCCAACGAAGUCUUCUGUUCAGUUCCGGGUCGUCUCUCGCUCCUCAGCUCCACCUCGAAGUACAAGGUCACGGUAGCGGAAGUACAGCGGCGCCUCUCACCGCCGGAGUGUCUCAACGCUUCGCUGCUGGGCGGAGUGCUGCGGAGGGCAAAGUCUAAAAAUGGAGGAAGAUCUUUAAGAGAAAAACUGGACAAAAUAGGAUUAAAUCUGCCAGCAGGGAGACGCAAAGCUGCCAACGUCACCCUGCUCACAUCACUAGUGGAGGGAGAAGCCGUCCACCUAGCCAGGGACUUUGGGUACGUGUGUGAAACUGAAUUUCCUGCCAAAGCAGUAGCUGAAUUUCUCAACCGACAACAUUCCGAUCCCAAUGAGCAAGUGACAAGAAAAAACAUGCUCCUGGCUACAAAACAGAUAUGCAAAGAGUUCACCGACCUGCUGGCUCAGGACCGAUCUCCCCUGGGGAACUCGCGGCCCAACCCCAUCCUGGAGCCGGGCAUCCAGAGCUGCUUGACUCACUUCAACCUCAUCUCCCACGGCUUCGGCAGCCCGGCGGUGUGCGCCGCGGUCACGGCCCUGCAGAACUAUCUCACCGAGGCCCUCAAGGCCAUGGACAAAAUGUACCUCAGCAACAACCCCAACAGCCACACGGACAACAGCGCCAAAAGCAGUGACAAAGAGGAGAAACACAGAAAGUGAGGCUCUCCGCCCGCCCCCUCCCAGCGCCUCCGCGCCGCCCCCUCCCCCCGCGCGCCCGUCCAGUCCUGUCCGAUCCAUCUCCCCGCCACCGACCGCCACCGGCAGGUGACAGCUCCGGGAUCAGCACCCCCCACUGCUGCUACUGCUGCCGCCGCUGCCGCCGCGCCUUGGGCCCGGAGUCUCGGGGUCCCCGGAGAGAGGGGGCGCCCCGCGGCCCAGGCCCCUGCCUCGACCUCCCCCAUCAGCAUCGCCUCCCCUUUGCCCUCGUGUGGAGCCUCGGAGAACAGAACAGGCCGUGAAGCCAGCAAAGAAAAGUUCUGUCUGAGUUUGUGAACCUUUUUUUUUUUUUUAAACAACAAAUCAACAACAGCAACAAAAAUUAAAACUUUUUUUAAGAAAAAAGAACGUAAAAAUUAAAAAAAAAUAUAUGUGCUUCAUGGGACGGAAUCACCACCUUCCCUUACAUCCUUCAGUUCAGAUUGUAGCCAUACUUAAAAAAAAGGCAAAAAGGACAAUGACAUUUUUAUCAGUAUUGUGAAUAAACUUGAACACAGAUACUCGAAGUUCCAUGUCACGUCUUCAGUUGUAGAAGUUUUUCCUCUCCAAGGUAAAGCCACCAACUUGAACUUUCUCUGGCAACACGAUUCACAGUUAUAUAAGGGAAUCAGUGUUCACGUCUCUGUAUAUAUUUAUUUAUGUGUAAUUUAAUGGGAAGUGUAAAUAUGGUGAGUCUGUUUUAAGCCUUUUUUUUUUUAAUUUAUCUGGUGAUCUCGUUUACCUCUUGUUUAGUGGGUUUUGAAUCUUCCCUCUUACUUCUUCAUGUGGUUCAUGAUGCUUAUUUAGGAAUCCAAGGUUUGGGGGAUUUUAUUUUCCCUCUGGGAUUCAUGAGUUUAGCCCUGUUGUAGCAUGUUAAAGACGACAAUGAAACAGCUGAACAAAUGAAAAGAAGAAGUCAAAUAAAAUUUUAUAUAUAAUUAGUAUUACAUUUAGCUUUUCAUUGAACUGAAAGAAAAAAGUGAUAUUGGACCCUGGAAAGAUUUUUAACUUGAGUGGUUUGAUAACCGUUCUACGUAUUGUGGGGAGAAAAAAAAGUUUAUUUUAUUCCACUGUCCUCCCUUAAAAGCAGCAUUUGAGCAAUAAAUGAAUAUUGUCUUUAAGCCAAGGGUUAGGGAUUUCUUCCUCUCUCUCUCUCUCUCUUUCUCUCUCUCUCUCUUUUUGUUCAAAGAACUUCAAACAUUUGGGACCACCUGGUAUUCUGUAUUUUCACUGGCCAUUUUGGAAGCUGUUCUAGUUGUGUUGUAUUGAGUUGUGCUGGCAGUAGUUUCCAUGCCUGUCAAUGUAUCAUAGUCCUUUGUUGCCCAGAUAAAUAAAUAUUUGAUACGCUUUAUGUCGAUUUUUUUUUAUUCAGUGGCUGUCUUUACCCAGGCGUAUUUUUGUUCUUGGCAGUAUUUUUUAUUCAGUAUGGUUACAGUAAUUGAGUUUAACUCUCCCUUGGCAAUUGCUCCUUGCAAUAAGCAGCUGAACCCAUUGUUUCCCUCAAGUAUAAUAAAAACUUACUUUCAACUUGGAGUUCAGAGCAGGGUAUCAUUUAGAUAUUCCAUUGAGUCUGUAUUCAGACAAAUGACACAAUAAAACCCAAUGUAUUCUUUUGGAUAAAAGAUUGUUUGUACUGCUAAAGGAAUGACAUACUAUCUUUUCCUUACUAGAAACAUUAAUUUUAUUAUUAAAAAUAAAGUUUUAUUUUAUUUAUGUUGA